CUCGAGACGGCAGAAACAUGGUGCCAGCCGCGGGGGCAGGCACGUGGGCCCUGGAUCAGGGGCCUACCGUUACCCCUGCCGGUUUGGGCCAAUGACGAGUCACCAGCCCUGACCUUUCCUACGGUCGAACAAUAUGAGGAACUAGCAGGCAGCGUUGAACUUGAAACACAACGUCUGUUGCGUGAGCAUCGCUACGACACCGUCAGCAACUUCCUUAGGCUUUAUGAAGAGUUCAAAGUAAGUGGAGAAACUUCGCUAGAACGCUUUUAUCGCAAAUACCAGCCAGUGAUUACUAAUGAACAUCAUACAUGUGUGGGUCUUGGCUUUGAGUUACUGCGACGCUUGUGCAGUUUAAACAAGAAAUUCCCUGGGAUAGCAGGUCGUUUGUACUUGGUAUCUUGUGAAGAGACAAUCGGUGACAUCGCUGGGUAUGUUGGAGGUCCCCCAGCCGCAGAUAGUGGUGAAAAGGAACACGUUUUGGUUUGUCUGAAGAUUGAGAUCAAUGAUCGUCGAGGAGUUUUACUCCUUGACCCUGGCUACCAUGUUGCGCGUGUAGUAACAGUUAUGGCUGACAAACUAUACCCUCACACUGGGUGGUUUACGCAAUCUGAAGAGCCCAACUGUAAAAAAGAGUAUAACUACACCAUGUGCGCUACGGAUUCUGAUUAUGUCGAAUGGCAUGAAAGAGAGAACAGGCCAGGAGCUCAAGAAAGAACACAAGUUGCUCUUAUAUACGUCGCAAGACCUUAUUUAACUGCCAUCGAUGUAACUGAACGCCGUAACUUGGUCUACAACUUCAGAAGUCUCCUUGCCAGAGAUACCAAAGGCCACGUGACUGCUGGAAUUUACUUUCCAGUUGUGCGGGACAUUAAUCAAUCGCACAGCUUUACCAUUUUUUACCAAACAAGCAACGGGAAAAAACGUUUAAAGAUGCCAUUCAGUAAAUUUUUUGGCUCGCCUAAGACUACACACGAUGCCGAGGAAACCACAAUACUUUUGGAAUGUGCACGCCAGAUGGGUCUAACGUGCGAAAAAUUUGAAGGUCUUUUGUCCAAUCUUGCUACUGUGAUGCACGAUACAAAGUACAUUGCUCAACUUUUAACCAUCAACGCAAGAAUCAACACCUUGGCUGAAGACAAUUAACAGAAGUUGCUCCACCCGAAGUGGUGCCAGCAAAAUCCCAAAGAUUAUCAUUUUUUCUGCCAGCUUUCCUCUUUUGUUCUUUUCUUAUUAUUUACUAUGGUUUCAAUGUACACAUUUUUUUAACAACUACCUAUUUUCAGUUUAUUACUGAGCGAAGUUUAUUUGUCUUUUAAUUCUCAUGUUAUAUUGUAUUCGGGUAUAGCGUAGGUUGGGAUUUGUCUGUACAUGUAAUUACUUUGUUAUUCAGUGAAAAUGUUCGUCAAAAAUUAAUAUUAUAAACGUUUUAUAUACCACCGGGACCAGACUCCAAUUACUCUGUCCAAGAACACUGUACAACGAAACUAAAGGUUUUUACAUUGGACAACUCUGUUCAUAAUACCUACAUACCAAUAAUAAAGUUAAAACUAGAAAUAAAGUUGAGAACAUUUUCAUUGAAUAUACAACGCGACAAUUACUCGAAGUAGUAUGCAAUUGAAAUAAUAUUGGUAUGGGGUACGAUAUUAUAUUUAUUUUAUACCACACUUUACAAUUUUGCUUUGUCAGUAACUAUGCUAAAUUAUGUAAUGACAGAUUUCUCUGCUUGGUUCAGUUCGAAUAAAUCAAGAAAGUAAGCACUUUAA